AUGGGCUGCAUGCUGUUAAACACAAUGUCAUUCUAUUUUGUGUCACUGACAUCACUAUCCACCACAGGGCAUGGGAGCUGCAGGCUUGUUUCUUGUUACUUGCUCAGCCAUGCCCACCACAUAUGUGCACCAAUCCAGAAUACUCAAGCUCGUUCUCUUGUUGCUGCAACAUCAGAGCUGUCCGUCUUCUCAGGCACACACUUCUGCGAUCAAGAAAAAAGAAUUGACUUGCUUCUAGGUCUCAACUGA